CGAUCGUCUCAUUUGAACCGGGAGGAUUGGUGACUAUCCGCGUCCACGAGAAGAUUGGAAACCAAUUUAUCCGCGCGAUAUUUGAUUUUUUUUAAAUUACCCGGAAAGAGAUUCAUAAAUACGGUAUAUGAGAGUGGUGGCUCCGGUAAAUGGGAUGCAUAAUGUCUAAAAGGACAGGCAGAAGAAGAAGAAACAACGCUAAACACAAGAAUGAAGAAUCGGCUACUGCCCUGAAUGAAUCAGAACACAUAUUGGAUCUUGGAAAGUUUGAAGAGAUGAAACGACCUCAACUUCAGACGUUAUGCAAACGGUUUGGACUUAAAGCUUCAGGAAAGAAUACUGAGCUUGUUGAGAGACUUAAAGAACAUGUCAGCAACAACAACAACAACAACAACAACAAUACAGAGGAACAACCAUUGUCAUCAAGUUCUCACCAAGAAACAGAGGAACCUGAAAAGCCAGGCAAUGUUACCUUUGAAAAAGCUGACAGUCAUGUACAGGAAGUGAAUGAACCCAAAAAACUAAGCAAUGUUACUUUUGAAAUAGCUGAUAGUCAAAUUCCCACAGAUGAACAUGUCCAUAUUAGCAGUAAUGAUAGUAGUAGCUGUGACUCUCCAAGUAGUCGUGUAGACCUUCAAGCAGGUGACGUGAAUGGGUGUGUCAACCCAGACAGCACAGUAGAAGCAAAUGAUCAAGCAAAUGCAGAGCAAGCAAAGUCUAAACCUGAUUUGUCUUCAAGCAGAAUUUUGAAAGACCUGAACUGCAUAGACCCAUCUUCCACAGGUCAAAACAGUGAUACAAAGAAAGCUAAAUUGGAUACUUGUACCAAAUGGUGCGUUGUUGAAGGCCUUUUUAAACAGGAAAACAAGGCCAUGUGGAAGAAGAUUUUUCUUUCUGGAGGGAAGGCUAUGAUUUCCAACAGUUUUGGUAAAAGAGUCCCUUUUGUUUUGGAGCCAUGUGGAUUGAUGACGCCCAAAGACUGUGAUGACAACUAUAUCUGUGGAAGCUGUGUCAGGGACAAUGAAGUAGCAUUAAGAUGCAAAGGUAGCUCAAGAGUUGUGCAUUCUUCUGCUGUGCCACAAGAACCUGAUGAUGCUGAGCCCACUGCUGUAUGCAGCACACCCUUAUCAUCCAGUCACAGUCUGCUGACAAGCUUUUCAAGAUCAGGCUCAGUGAAGCGCAAGAGGAGUGAAGAUGCAAACAGUUCUGUAGUGAACUCAUCGACUGACUUUAACCAAAUGGAGAAGAAACCGAGGAAAGAUACCAUUGUCAGAUCUGGUAGCAGCACUCCAGCAAGCCCUCAAGUUCGCAGAGCCAGGGGAGAACAGCUGGUGUUACCCAGAAACCUCACGAGACCAUGGCAACCAAAGAAAACAACAAAGACAUCACAGAGUGUUGUUAGAGAAGACACAGAAUUUGCCAAAAGAGUUGAGGAGAUUAUCAAAAAAACACAACCAGGCUCAGAAGAAGAAAUGUUCAUGAUAAUGUUUUCUAAAUCUAGCAGGAUUCAACGUUCACCCACUAAGACUACUGAGUAAUGUUCUUAUUUAAGUGAGAUUGCAUCAAAGUUUUAAUUUGCAGGAGGUUUUGGCAGCCUACAACUUUGAUAAAUAUUGUUUGUAAACAAGAUUGUAACAUAGCUUCAUCGAAUGAGUAAACAGCAGUAAUUGAAAUAUUUCAAGUUGUAGCCUAAGCAUCCAAUUUGACUCAGAAUUUCU